ACAGUACCGACAUCGUGGACAAGAAGCUGAAGCUGAUCCUGGGCCUGAUAUGGACGCUCAUUUUGCACUACUCCAUCUCCAUGCCCAUGUGGGAGGGCGAGGAGCCCACCCCGUCGGAGAAGGCGCCCACCCCCAAGCAGCGUCUGCUCAACUGGAUCCAGUCCAAGGUGCCGGACCUGCCCAUCAACAACUUCACCACCGACUGGAACAGCGGCAAGGCCAUCGGUGCCCUCGUCGACGCUGUCGGACCUGGUCUGUGCCCUGACUGGGAGGACUGGGACCCCAAGAAGAACAAGAACAAUGCCAAGGAGGCUAUGGACGCUGCUGAGAAGUGGCUGGAUGUUCCCCAGCUGAUCCGUCCCGAGGAGAUGACCAACCCCAAGGUGGACGACCUGUCCAUGAUGACCUACCUGUCUCAGUUCCCCAACGCCAAGCUCAAGCCCGGCGCCCCCGUCAGGCCCAGGCUGAACCCUUCCCGUGUGCGAGCCUACGGACCAGGUCUGGAGGCCACUGGUAACCAGGUGGGAGCACCUGCCCGCUUCACUGUGGAGACCUUCAGCGCUGGCAAGGGAUCCGUGGAGGUCAUCAUUCUGAACCCCAAGGGACAGAAGGAGCCGUGUGAGGUGAACUUCAACAAUGACCGCAACAUGACCUACUCCUGCGUGUACGUGCCCAGCAUGGAGGGAGCCUACAGGGUGAUCGUGAAGUUCAGCAACAAGGAGAUUCCCAAGUCUCCCUACACCGUACAAGUGGAGGGUGCUGCUGGCGACCCCACAAAGGUCACCGCUGCUGGACCCGGUCUGGAGAAGACUGGUGUUGUUGCUGGCAAGAAGACUUACUUCGAAGUCUACACACAAAGUGCUGGCAAAGGCACCAUUGAUGUGGCUAUUCUUGACCCUCACGGUCACAAGGACAAGAUCCGUGCAGCCAUCAGCCCUGUGGUGGGCAAAGAAGGCACCUACCUGGUGGAGUACACUCCCAUCGAGCCCGGACUUCACUCGGUCAACGUCUUCUUCAGCGGAACCCAGAUCCCACACAGCCCAUUCGGAGUCAAUGUGGCACCUGCCUCCAAUGCCAAGGCGUGCUAUGCAACUGGCCGUGGCAUUCAGCCCAGAGGUGUGCGGGUUAAGGACAAGGCUGUGUUCUACGUCCACACCAAGGGAGCUGGUGAAGGAGCUGUGGGAGUGCAGAUCUUUGGACCAGGUGGCAUUGAGGAGAAAUGCUCUGUGAAACCCGUGCAAGGAGAAGAGGGCGUCUACGAGUGUGUGUACACCCCCUCCAAGCCUGGCAACUACAUCAUCAACGUCACCUUCGCUGACCAGCACAUCAGCAAAUCUCCUUUCAAGGUCGAGGUUGGUCCUUUCUGGAACACCAAGAUCAGAGCCUAUGGACCCGGUCUCGAGGGAGGCGUUGUCAAACAGCCAGCUGUCUUCACCGUUGAGACCAACGGGGAAGUCGGUGCUCUGGGCUUCUCCAUUGAGGGUCCAUCCCAAGCCAAGAUUGACUGCAAGGACAACGGUGAUGGGUCUGCUGAUGUGACCUACUACCCCACCGUGCCCGGAGAGUACGCCGUCCACGUUCUGUGCAACGACCAGGACAUCCCUGACUCUCCUUACAUGGCCAACAUUAUCCCCGAGCAACCUUUUGAUGCUGGACGCGUGGUUGCCAAGGGCCCUGGCCUGGAGAAGACUGGCGUGGUGGCCAACAAGUGGGCCGAGUUCACCGUGGACACCAAACUGGCUGGCAAGCCCGCUCCCCUCAACAUCAGCUGUAUGGAUGUUGACUACAAGCCUGUGGAUGUGCAGGUGAAGGACAACGGCAAUGGCACUUAUUCCUGCCGCUACAUGCCAACAAAGAACGUCAAGCACACCGUGACCAUCACGUAUGGUGGUGUCAUGAUCCCCAAGGCUCCAUUCAGAGUGUACGUGUCGGAGCCCAGCAACCCAUCCAAGGUCAAGGUGUUUGGACCAGGUGUGGAGAAGGGUGUGAAGACCUUCACCCCGACCUACUUUGUUGUUGACUGCAAAGAAGCUGGACCAGGUGAUGUGGCCGUGGGUCUCACUGAUGAGCGUGGCGUCGACGUCCCUGUCAAGACGACGGACAACCAGGACGGUACUUUCACCGUGGAGUACGAACCCAAGUCCCCUGGACAGUACACUGUGCUGGUCUACUUCGCCAACAAAGAAGUGCCCCAGAGCCCUAUCAAGGUCAAGGUCGAGCCCAACAUCGAUGUCAGCAAGAUCAAGGUCGUUGGUCUGGAGCCAACCAUGCCCAUCGGUGUGCCACGUGAGAUUGGCAUUAUCUCCAAGGGACUUCCCAAGGCUGAGACCAAGGUCAAAGUGGUCUCGCCCACCAACCAGGUCCUGGAGGUGCCCACCACACCCACUGGUGACGGAGCCAAGGCGACCUUUGCCCUCGUGGAGCCCGGACCCCACCAAGUGGAAAUUUCGUACGGUGGCGCCCCCGUGCCGCAGUCUCCAUUCCAGGUGGAGGCUGUGCAAGGACCACCAAGGGUCAAGGCUUACGGGCCUGGACUUACUGGCGGAGAAGCUCUCCAGCCGGCUGUUUUCACCAUUGACACCCGCGAAGAGACGAACCCAGGAGGUUUGGGACUCUCCGUGGAAGGUCCUUCUGAGUCUCAGAUCCAGUGCGUGGACAACAAAGACGGAACCUGCCAGGUCACCUACGUACCCCCCGUGGCGGGAGCGUACAACGUCAAUGUCACGUACGGAGAACGCCCUAUCCCUGGCUCCCCCUUCAAGGCUCAGAUUCAGCCCGGAAAACCUGGUAUCGAUGUCAGCGGAAUCGUUGCUUAUGGACCUGGACUCAACCCAGCUGGAGUGUUCAUGGACUGCCCCAACGAGUUCACGGUUGAUGCCAAGUCUGUGUCACCAACUGCCCAGGGCAAGGUGAAGGCUAUCAUCACCAGCCCCAGUGGUCAGAGAACUGACACUCUGGUCAAGAACAACGGAGACGGCACCUACAACGUGCUCUACACUCCCUUCGAACAAGGUCCCCAGCAGAUCGAAGUGACCUACGAGGACCUGCCCAUCCCUCAGUCUCCUCUCACCGUCAACGCCAUCCCCGGAAGCGAUGCCAGCAGAGUCAAGGCCUACGGACCAGGACUGGAGGGUGGUCUCACUGACGAGCCCGCUGUGUUCACCGUGGACAUGAAGGGCGCCGGCAAGGGAGGCCUGGGUCUGGGUAUCGAGGGCCCCGUUGAGACGCCCAUGCAGUGCCAGGAUAACCAUGAUGGUACCUGCCAGGUGGUCUACCAACCCACCAAGCCUGGCCCGUAUGACGUGUCUGUCAAGUUCAAUGAACAGCAUAUCCCAGGAAGCCCCUUCCGUGUUGGCAUUAAGAACCCUGUGAACCCUGCCAAGGUCAAGUGCUACGGCCCUGGUCUGGACAGCCGCGAGGUCAAGGCUGGCAUGCCAGCGACCUUCACCGUUGACACCACUGAGGCUGGUGAAGCUCCUCUUGAGGUCACUUUCACCGACAGCACAGGCGCCAAGCGCCCCGCCCAGGUGACCCCUGUGGAGGACGGCAUCUUCAAUGCCACCUACGUCCCCACCGCUGAGGGUCCCUGCCAGGUGGAGGUGAAGUACGCCAACCAGCAGGUCCCCAACAGCCCGUUCAACAUCAAUGCCCAGCCUGGUGUGGAUGCCAGCAAGGUGAAGGUGACUGGCCCCGGGAUCAGCAGCACCACCCCUGCCAGUCUCCCCGCCGCCUUCCACGUGGACACCCGCGAGGCUGGAGAGGCACCACUUGAUGUCUUCGUCAAGCGCCCUGAUGACACCUACAUCCGCCCCUUCAUCCAAGACAACACGGACGGCACCUACGAUGUUGUGUACACCCCAGAGGACUUGGGUGUCUAUGAUGUGGCCGUGCAGUACGGAAGCCAGGAUGUGCCGGGAUCUCCUUACAAUGUCAAGGCCACACCUACCGGAGACGCCAGCAAGUGCAAGAUUCUUGCUGGAGAUGACCGCACAAUCCCUGUAAACAAAGAGACAGUGAUCACUGUGGAUGCGGCCCAGGCUGGUGUCGGAAAGGUCACCUGUCGCAUCAGGUCACCCAACGGCAGCGACAUUGACAUCGACAUCAUUGAGCAGGGAGAUGGCACCUUCUCCAUCUCCUUCACCCCGCAGUUCGCCGGCCCCUACACCAUCGAGAUCAAGUUUGGCGGAGAGCUCAUCCCCAACGGCAGUUACACCGUGCAGGUUGGUGAGGACCUGAUUACUGCUGACAAGGUCGACAGUGUACAAGCCACUGCACCAGGCUCUGGGCUGUUCCAGCCUGUUGAUUUCACUCUUCCUGUCGGGCCCAUCUUCAACUUUGUCUCAGCGACUGUUGUGAUGCCGUCGGGCAAGCGGGCCUACCCGAACAUCGAGGACAACAAGGAUGGCACUGUGACCGUCAGGUAUCAGCCCACCGAGACUGGUCUGCACCAGCUGCACAUGCAGUACAACAAUGAGGAGAUUGAAGGAAGCCCCUUCUUGUUCCACGUGGAGGCCAUUGACUCUGGCUUUGUCACAGCCUACGGGCCUGGCCUGAGCCAUGGCGUGGUGCACGAGAACGCUGUGUUCACCAUCAACACAAAGAAUGCUGGAGCUGGUGGCUUGUCCCUUGCUAUUGAGGGCCCAAGCAAGACUGAGAUCCAGUGCAAAGACAACGAAGAUGGAACCUGCACCGUGUCCUACAUGCCCACGGCUCCUGGAGAGUACCAGAUCACCGUCAAGUUUGCCGACAAGCACAUCGCUGGCUCACCCUUCACUGCCAAAGUCACGCCUGGUGAGCCCCGCCGCAAGAACCAGAUCAUGGUGGGCAGCAGCUCAGAGGUCUCCCUGCAGGUCACAGAGCAGGACAUCGAGAGCUUGACCGCCACCAUUGUCUCCCCUGGAGGUCGGGAGGAACCCUGCUUCCUCAAGCGUCUUGCUAACGGACAUCUUGGAAUCACUUUCACUCCCCGCGAGACCGGCCCUCAUAUUGUGAACGUCUUCCGCAAUGGCAAGCACAUCCCCAACUCUCCCUUCACCAUCACCGUGGGCGAGAGUGAGCUGGGCAACGCCAGCAAGGUCAAGGUUUAUGGCAAGGGCUUGGAAGAGGGCAUGGCCAAUGAGGUCAAUGAGUUCAUUGUUGACACUACACAGGCUGGCUAUGGUGGAAUGUCCCUGUCCAUCGAAGGCCCCAGCAAAGCCGACAUCGAAUGCCAUGACAACGAGGAUGGUACCUGCCGUGUGACCUACAAACCCACGGAGCCAGGCACAUACAUCAUCAACAUCAAGUUCGCUGAUCAACACGUACCAGGGAGCCCGUUCUCUGUCAAGAUCGGCGGCGAGCCAUCAGCCAAGAUCACCGAGCGCAUCACGCGUCACAAGGAGGCUGCCGAUGUCUCUCACGUGGGCAGUCAGUGCGAGCUCAGCCUCAAGAUCCCAGGAACGACACCUUUCGACAUGACAGCGUCUGUGAAGAGCCCCAGCGGAGUGACGGAGCUGUGUGACGUGGUGAGCCUGGAUGACUCGCACUACAGCAUCAAGUUUGUGCCUCAGGAGAUGGGCGUGCACACUGUCAGCGUCAAGCACAAGGACAUGCACAUCCCUGGAAGCCCGUUCGAGUUCACCGUUGGCCCUAUUGCUGGUGGUGGCUCUCACAAGGUUCACGCUGCUGGUCCUGGUUUGGAGAGAGGAGAAGUUGAUCAGCCCGCCGACUUCAACAUCUACACCCGUGAGGCCGGUGCUGGAGGUCUGUCCAUCGCUGUGGAAGGUCCCUCUAAGGCUGAGAUUGACUUCCAGGACAAGAAGGACGGAUCCUGCAACGUCACCUACCAAGUCUCAGAACCAGGAGAGUACUACGUGUCAGUCAAAUUCAACGACGAGCACAUCCCCGACUCUCCCUUCCGUGUCAACAUCACGCCUUCCAUCGGAGAUGCCAGAAAGCUCUCUGUGCAAUCUCUGCAGGACAGAGGACUCCAGGCUGGUAAACCAGCAGCAUUUGUGGUCAACUUCAACGGUGCUAAGGGCCGCCUGUCUGCCCGUGUGGUGUCUCCCUCCGGCACUGAGGAGGAGGCCCUGGUACAGGAGAUUGAUGACGGUCAGUACGCUGUGAGGUUCAUCCCUAGGGAGAAUGGAGUCCACUUGGUCCAUGUUUUGUUUGACAACUACCACAUCCCUGAGUCUCCCUUCAAGAUCUGUGUUGGCAAGGUCGAUGCUGAUGCCGGCAAAGUCACUGCCUAUGGAGAUGGUCUCAAGACUGGCAAGACAGGUGAGGUGGCCAAGUUCAUCGUGAACACCGUCAAUGCCGGCUCUGGCUCCCUGGCCGUCACCGUGGAGGGACCGUCCAAGGUCAAACUGGAGUGCACCGAGGUUGAUGAGGGCUAUGAGUUCAGCUACAACCCCACUGCUCCUGGUGACUACCUGAUCUGCAUCAGAUACGCCGGCGUCAACGUUGCUGGCAGUCCUUUCAAGGCCAAGAUCGAAGGUCAAGGUCAGCCCAGCGCGAUGCAGGAGCACGCCUCCGUGGUUGUGGAGACAGUCACCAAGACCAGCACCACCACCCGCUUCAGCGGCAUCCAGCGCUUCAGCUCCGAUGCCAGCAAGGUCACCGCUAAGGGCAACGGCCUCACCAAGGCUUUCCGCGGCAAGACUGCCACUUUCACUGUUGAUGCUUCUGGUGCUGGUAACAACAUCAUGUACAUCGGAAUGAUGGGUCCUAAGGGUCCCUGUGACGAGCUGGUGGUCAAACACCAGGGCAACCUGCAAUACGCUGUCCAGUAUAUGGUCAAGGAGAGUGGACGCUACAUGCUCAUCAUCCGCUGGGGAGACCAGGACAUCCCUGGAAGCCCGUUCGCUGUAGAUGUGCAGUAAACUACAGCUUUGCUGUUCCUCUCACGUCUCAGCACAAAAUCUCUUACUUAGGAAUUGAUGAAGGAUGUAUUGAUAGAUAUAUAUGCAAGUGCAAGAUCUUAUUUAAGAAAGUAUCUAUCUAUCUGUUUUCAGGGUGUGUAAAAAUUGUUGAAAAGUAAAAACAAAUGAAAAGUUGUUUUUUUAACAGUCCAUCGAUAGAAGGCAAAGUUUUUGAACAUUUUUGUCUUUAACGUUGAUGAAACAGUAGAUUAACUCUGCUGUUACUUUUGACUAAUACUUAUCUACCAAGCCCUGAAGUUAAAAUGACAGACAUAGCUCCCAGAUGAAUUUUUUAGGGUUUUCUUUUUCUGUUACCAUCUGCAGACGUACAUACAUCUGUGUGCUCAUUUGUACAACCCGUCGGUCAUUUGUGUCUGUUCGAAGAGAAUACUUUUUCCUGAUUCUUUUAAAUGGUACAAAACCAAGGAGAAACGAUUUCCUUAUAACUGCCAUGUACAAUAACAACUUUAUACAGUAGCUAGAUAGGACAUUUUUUGUAAAUGUUUUUAUUUACAAUGGUUACCAUGACAUUUUCAUAUUUGAAAUAAAGUAAAUAUAUGCAAUAAUGCAUUGUUGUGAAAAAAUCACAUGUAUUUUUUUAACCAAUAAAAUUAAGAAAGAGACAUUUGUCAUCAAGAAGAUGACCGUGGAACUAAAACUCUUGUUCUUAGAAGUAGUAGGAGAGAGAGUGACUCCUGGUUUCUACAAAAGCCAUCAGGUUUUUCUCCUGAAGCUUGUGUGAAACAGUUUGAACUAUGCAAAGUUGUUCCGUGAUUUUGUUUUAAAGAAAAUAGUGUACUCUCAGUUUAGGACUUUUCUCGAAUGUAAUCUGUUAUUUGUAUAUACUGAACUUUGUAGGUUUUGAGUGAGAUCAUAAACUCUUAUUUAUCAAUAUUGGUUGACAAAAUAUUUUUUCUUCCACUUUCCCCAAUUUAAUUUAUUAAUUUAUUUUUAUUAUUUUUAGUUCUACCAAGUUUUCGCUACCGCAUUUAUCUUUUGCAAUGGGUGAAUGUGUGUUAUGUGAAAGUCUCUUGAUCAUUUUUAUUUUUAAUAUUAGUUCGUACUGCAUAUUUCAAAAAGGUGCUAUCAACAUGAUUCACUUGUGGUGUAGAGUAGAUGGAUGAGCUGCCAACAAAACUGCGUGUCAGUCGAUGGUAUGUGCUCCACUAGGAAGGACGACUGAAAUGUGCUUACCUGAUUGUGUAGAUCAUCUUAUACACGCAGGGCCCAUAUGAUUUUAGGGAACCAUCAUCGUUAUUUGUUGUUGGAAUUUUUAUAUCGUGUGCGGGCCGUUGUGAUCAUGCAAAGGUUUAUUUCUUUGUUGAAGACCCUGACACAAAAAUAUGAUAUAUUAUAUUAUAUUAUAUUAUAUUAUAUUAUAUUAUAUUAUAGAAUAGGCAUUUUGUCACUCAUAGUUUUCAAUGAUUGCAGUCUUGUGCUCUAUUAGCACACAGCACAAGGAGUCUAAGAUCUACCAAGCUACACUUUUAUUAAGAAAUAAGAGAUUUUUACUUUGCUACUUGAGCAGAGGGAAAAAAAUAUAUAUAUAUAUAAUAAUUAUAUUUUUAUUGUGUAUUUUUUCUCAUUACUUCAUGUCACAUCAUUGUACAUAUGCCUCUCUGCUCUUACUUAAGUUUUGUUUUCUUCUCUUUUUCCAUUCAUGUCAUUAUGGCUUUUAACUAUAAACUCAAUAAAUACUCUGUCUGGGAGCUUUAUGCUUGUUUUCUUAUAUAAUUAUCAAACCACUUUUUUUUAACAUGAAAAAGGAGAAAAAAAACACUUGCCGUUGUGUGGCUGAAAAUUAUCCCUAAGGUGUUUUUUUUUAAUUUUUAAUUUGACUGGAAAUAGAUCUGCUUAUUUAUGCACAUUUCCGUGUUUUGUCUCAUGUGAUCAGACUGUGGUAACUGCUGUGUGUUGGAGUGGCUGUGUAGACUCUUUGUGAUAUUUUCACUUUGUGCUUCUCUUAUGUUUCAUGAAAAGUAUUGUUUGUGUGUUCACUGCUGUAGCUAUUGUGUGUGCCUCUUAGUUUAUUCUCACCGCUUUUGUAGCCAGUAAGGGCGUUGGUGUUUUUCUCCGCACUUUGUGUAAUUUUCAACUUGGAAGACCAAGAAGUUGUCUUGUCGUCAUAGGUAGAGAAUAAAUAGUCGGAGAUUCUGAAGACGAAUAUUGAUUUGUUUAUAGUAAGAAAAUAUUUUUCAGUGCAUGGUGUUUUGCUUUUUUAAAAUUAUUCCCAUGCAUUUAAGAAUGGCUUUACAAAUCAAAACUAGAGUGCCAGCUUCCAAACGUUUCUUUUUCCUCUUUACUUCCGUUUACCUCAAUCUCAGGUGGAUCUUUUCCCCCUCUGCCUUUUCCAGUUGGGAUGUCACUUUUAGCCCUCUGUUGCGUCACUUGCUUGAUUGUCACUGCUCAAUUUGCUGUUUGAGAGAAGAAAAAACAAAAUAUUAUUAGCAAGUUAUACAUAUAUAUAUAUAUAUGUGUGUGUGUGUGUGUGUUCAUUCACAUUAUGUGUGCUAUGGUUGAGAGUUGCGUAUUAAACAAAUGUGUUUAUCAGUUUUGUGGGAAUGUCUGUUCUGUAAACUAUGUUUUAAAGUGUUUGUUAAUGUUUGCUAGUUUUGUUACGUCUGCUAACCAGUGCAUAUAUAUCUUUAUAUAUAAACUGAUAGGCUCUCUCUCAUUAAACUCCUAUUUUGUAAAAAAAAAUAAUAAUGAAAGAA